CUUUUUAAUAAAUAAUUAUAACUCCAUAUGUCAUCCUUUCCAAAGGACAAACCAUAGGCUUAUGCAUGAAAAAUUACCCAAAGCAACUCAAAAAGAGAGAAAGAUGGCUACAAAUUACUAAGAAGUAAAUGUCUUUGCGCCCUUCAUCACUUGCCAACUUUCGAAGGUCACUAUACCAAUGGAACUUGAUGAUUCGAGACUCUAACAAUAAUGGGUUCUUCGCACAAACAUUAAAUAUAUACUCUUCCAUGGCACACUCUGGUGUCCAUGGCAACAACCUCACCUACCCUUUGCUCCUCAAGGCCUGUGCCAACCUCGCUUCUAUUCAACAUGGGACAAUGCUUCAUGGGCACGUCCUCAAACUUGGGUUCCAAGCAGACACCUUUGUUCAAACUGCUCUCCUUGACAUGUACUCAAAAUGCUCCCAUGUUUCAUCUGCACGUCAGGUGUUCGAUGAAAUGCCGCAGAGAAGUGUCGUCUCGUGGAAUGCCAUGGUUUCGGCUUACUCUCGCGGGUCAUCGGUGGAUCAGGCAUUGAGAUUCUUGAAAGAAAUGUGGGUUCUUGGUUUUGAGCCGAAUUGUUCCACAUUCGUUUCGAUUUUGUCAGGUUAUUCCAACUUGGAUUCUUUCAAGUUUCAUUGGCAGGGGAGGUCGAUACACUGUUGCUUGAUCAAACUUGGGAUUGUGUAUUUGGAGGUCUCUCUGGCCAACUCACUAAUGGGUAUGUAUGCCCAGUUUUGCCUAAUGGAUGAAGCAAGGAAAGUUUUUGACUUGAUGGAUGAAAAGUCGAUCAUUUCUUGGACAACUAUGAUAGGGGGUUAUGUGAAAAUUGGGCAUGCUGUGGAAGCAUUUAAGUUAUUUAAUCAAAUGCAGCAUCAAAGUAUUGGCAUAGACUUUGUUGUGUUUCUAAAUCUUAUUUCUGGUUGCAUACAAGUAGGAGAGUUUUUGUUAGCUUCAUCUGUUCACUCUCUUGUACUUAAAUGUGGGUGCGAUGUAGAGGAUUCCAUUGAAAAUUUGCUUAUUACUAUGUAUGCAAAAUGUGGUAGACUUACAUCUGCUAGAAGGAUAUUUGAUUUGAUCAUUGAAAAGAGCAUGUUAACAUGGACAUCAAUGAUUGCAGGGUACGUCCAUUCAGGUCAUCCAGUGGAAGCACUGGAUCUGUUUAGAAGGAUGGUAAAGACAGGUAUUAGACCAAAUGGAGCAACCCUUGCAACUGUUUUAUCAGCUUGUGCUGAUUUGGGAUCACUCAGCACUGGGGAAGAGAUUGAAGAGUACAUUUUUCUAAACGGGUUGGAAUCGGACCAACAAAUCCAAACAUCUUUGAUACACAUGUACUCCAAAUGUGGGAGCAUCAUGAAAGCAAGAGAAGUGUUUGAAAGGGUGAGAGAUAAAGAUUUAACUGUUUGGACUUCCAUGAUAAAUAGUUAUGCAAUCCAUGGGAUGGGGGAUGAGGCUAUCAGCCUCUUUCACAAAAUGACAACUGCAGAAAGGAUAAUGCCGGAUGCCAUUGUUUACACUGGUGUUUUGCUGGCCUGUAGCCAUUCCGGAUUGGUGGAAGAUGGACUGAAGUACUUCAAAAGUAUGCAAAAAGAUUUUGGAAUAGCUCCUACCGUAGAACAUUGUACCUGUCUGAUAGAUCUUCUCGGCCGAGUUGGCCAGCUUGACUUGGCUUUCGAUGCAAUUCAGGGAAUGCCACUGGAAGUGCAAGCUCAAGCUUGGGGUCCAUUGCUUAGCGCUUGUAGGAUUCAUGGUAAUGUUGAGCUGGGUGAGCUUGUUACUGAUAGGUUAUUAGACAUUAAUCCUGAAAGCUCUGGAAGUUAUGUAUUAAUGGCUAACUUGUAUACCUCUUUGGGAAAGUGGAAGGAGGCACAUAUGAUGAGAAAUUUGAUAGAUGGUAAAGGUUUGGUCAAAGAACGUGGCUGGAGCCAAGUUGAGGUCAGUCAUAGCUAUCAUGCAUUUGCUGCAGGAAAUCAACCGCAGUAAAUUGUUGCAGAUCUAAAUUUUACUCUUCAAGGAAAAAACAAUCUCAGUGAAUGAUUAAUAGCUAAAAAACGAAAACACUAGGGAACCUCUGAAAACCUGAGGUUUUCCAUAGAAUUGUUUCAGCUGGUUGUGUCAAUAGAACUACCAGAAUCCAGCGUUAGAACAUGCUUUGGAGCUCAAGUUCCAUAACUAAUGACAGGGAUUUUAUAAUGCAAGAUCAGCAUGUGGUUGCAUUUUGAAUCCGGUUCUUGUCAAAGUAAGGAAUUCAAGUGAAUUUGUGAUUUCCUUCUUUUUAACCUUUUCUGUCCUGAACCUGGUUCUCUCUAAUAAGGCAGUUAGUUUCACAUUUGACCAGACAAAGUGUUUACCCAUGAAUAUGAUACAUGUUACUUUACAUGUAAACCAAACUCGUUACGGAAUAUAAAAGAUGUAAAUUUGGAAAGAUCAGAUCUUUGUUGUCCUUUCUGCCAGGCAUUCCUAAUGCCUACAUUCAGUUACUGCAACAGAUUUAUACAUAUUCAUAUUCUUACAAUGACAAGGUGGGGGUAGAUAACCAACUUGAUGAAAAUCACAACCAUUAUCCAUCUUCCUUGAAUAACUUUUUUCUGUUGGUCACCAGCUAACUUCUAUCAUUCUGAGUUCUUUUGUUGUAGUUGUAGUUAUCAAGUAUUGGUCAAGCAUAGAUCAUGCUAUCAGGGUUCAUAAUGAUUUGCUUCAUUCAUGUAAGUCUUUAUAUUUACCUUCUUAAAAGAAGAUAU